CACCUGGGGACCUUCUGGAACCUUCUGGGCCAGCGGUGACCCCUCCGUCCCCUCCUUUCCCCUGCCCAGGCGUCGGCCAUGUCGUCGGCGCUGGUCCUGGCCGUCUACAUCCUGACCUUCACCGUCGGCUUCCCGGCCAACAUCUUCACCUUGGCCGUGCUGGCGGCCAAAUCGCGGCGCCGCCCGUCGGCGCUGACCACGGCCGAGCUCUUCCUGCUCAACCUGACGGCCGCCGACCUCCUCCUCCUCCUCUUCCUCCCGUUCAAGAUGGCCGAGGCGGCGGCCGGCAUGGCGUGGCCUCUGCCGGCGGCGCUGUGCCCGGUGGCCAAUUUCUGCUUCUACUCCAGCAUGUACCUGAGCAGCCUCUUCCUGGCGGCGCUCAGCGUCCGGCGCUACCUGGGCGUGGCCUUCCCGCUGCGCCUGCAGGGCCGGCGCCGGCCCGGCCGCGUCCUGGCGCUCAGCGCGGCCAUCUGGCUGCUGGCCUGCGGCCACUGCUCCGUCGUCUUCGUGGCCGAGUUCACCAGGGACCCGCAGGGGGGCGGGGCAAACGGGAGCGGGACAUUUGGGGGUCUUGGUGUCGGUGACACCGUGGCCGACGCCGGUGACCCCGAGACUUUCAAUCCUGUUGAGCCCAAGACCAACCCCGUUGCCCCCAUUGAACUCAAGACCUUCAACCCCGUUGACCCCAUGGCCAACGCCAUUGACCCCAUUGACCCCAAGACCUUCAACCCCGUUGACCCCAUGGCCAACCCCCUUGACCCCAUUGACCCCAAGACCUUCAAUUCCAUUGACCCCAUGGCCAACCCCCUUGACCCCAUUGACCCCAAGACCUUCAACCCCAUUGACCCCAUGGCCAACCCCAUUGACCCCAAGGUCAACUCCAUUGACCCCAAGACCAGCCCCAACCUCUCGAAGACCCCCAACCUUAAAUCCCCCAACCCCAUUGACCCCAAGACCCUCAAACUCAUUGACUCCAAGACCAACCCCAACCUCUCGAAGACCCCCAACCCCAAAUCCCCCAAGACCUUCAACCCCAUUGACCCCAAGCACCGCUGCUACGACGACUUCUCGGCCGCCCAACUCCGCUUCGUCCUCCCCUUGCGCCUCGAGUUCUUCUUCAUCCUCUUCCUCGCCCCCUUCUCCGUCACCGUCUUCUGCUACGUCGGCUUCGUCCGCGCGCUGCUGGCGCGGCCGGCGCUGCCGGCGGCCAAACGGCGCCGCGCCGUGGGCCUGGCCGUGGCCACCAUGGUCAUCUUCGGCCUCUGCUUCGCGCCCUACAACGUCUCGCACGUGGUGGGGUUCUGGCAGGGCCGCAGCCCCGGCUGGCGCGUCUACGCCACGCUGCUCAGCGGCCUCAACGCCGCGCUCGACCCGCUCGUCUUCUACUGCUCCUGCGGCGCCGUGCGCCAGGCGCUGGCCGACCUCUGGGGGGCGCUCAGGAGCCGCCUUUUGGGAAUAAAUCG